AUGACUACUGACAGUGGGGCUUCCACAGUCGUGGAAAAGAGUGGGAUGGAGACGCGCAAGUCCACAAGCAGCCAACCCUUAUCAGCAUGCGAAAGGGCACGACCCAAUGCUGCAGACGACCUCGAGGUUGCUGUCGCGGAUGUCGAGGACCAAUAUCUCAAGGAGGCAGAGCUGGCUCAAGAUCCAAAUAUUGUCGAUUGGGACGGCCCCGAUGACCCUGAAAAUCCACUGAACUGGACUUUCAAGAAGAAGGCCAUCAUUGUCGGAUCCAUAGCCAUAAUCACGUUUAUCACGCCCCUCGGGUCAUCCAUGUUUGCUCCUGGAGUCGCAGAGGUCAUGAAAGAAUUCAAAAGCCGGAGCCCGGAGCUCGCGUCGUUCGUUGUGUCUGUUUAUUUGCUGGGAUAUGCCUUCGGCCCUCUGAUAAUUGCCCCGAUGUCUGAAAUGUAUGGUCGGUCGCCCGUCUACCACAUUUGCAAUAUCUUAUUUACUAUUUUCAACAUUGCCUGCGCCGUGGCGCCCAACUUGAACGCCCUUAUCGUUUUCCGUUUUCUUGCGGGGUCAGCAGGCUCAGCGCCUUUGACUAUUGGUGCUGGGUCAAUGGCAGAUAUGAUUAGACAGGAGAAGCGUGGAGCCGCCAUGGGAGCCUGGGCACUGGGUCCUCUGCUGGGCCCUGUUAUUGGCCCCGUCGCCGGAGGUUAUCUCACAGAGGCCAAGGGCUGGAGAUGGACGUUCUGGGUUCUUGCGAUUGUUUCUGGUGCCAUAACAAUCAACACACUCAUCUUUAUGAGGGAAUCCUACCACCCAACGCUUCUUGCUCGAAAAACUAAAAGGCUCAUCAAAGAAACCGGCAAUCAGAAUCUGAGGUCAGCGCUUGACAUGGGCAUCAGACCGAAACAACUCUUUCUUCAAUCAAUCGUUCGACCUACCAAAAUGCUUCUUUUCUCGCCCAUUGUGUUCCUGUUGUCGUUAUAUGUUGCUGUUGUGUAUGGUUACCUUUACCUCCUCUUCACCACGAUCUCUUCCGUCUUUAUUCGCACAUAUCACUUCUCUCAAGGAAACGUCGGGUUAUCAUUUCUCGGCAUUGGGAUUGGAAGUGUCUGCGGCCUUGCUAUCAGCGCCACAACGUCGGAUCGGAUUCUUAAACGCCUAUCUGUUAAGUCUGGAGAGAUGAAGCCGGAAUAUCGCCUUCCUCCGCUUAUUCCUGGGUCUUUUUUCCUGCCUAUUGGCCUCUUCUGGUAUGGCUGGACAGCAGAACACGGGGCGCACUAUAUCCUACCUAUUAUUGGCACUUUCUUUUUUGGAGUUGGGAUGAUCAUCACCUUUAUGUCAAUUUCCACUUAUCUUGUUGACGCCUACACGCUCCAUUCCGCCAGUGCUAUGGCCGCAAACACACUUUUCCGUUCCGCCGUCGGUGCGGUUCUACCCCUUGCCGGGAUCAGGAUGUACAGCACUCUUGGUUUGGGUUGGGGCAAUUCUCUUCUCGCUUUUAUUGCGCUGGCCUUAACACCGCUUCCGUUUUUCUUCUUCCGAUAUGGAGAGCGCAUACGGACAAGUAAACGUUUCCAGGUGACUUUUUAG